AUUUAAAAGGAAAAAAAAAAAGAUGGCGGAAGGCAGUUUAAAAUAUACUAAGCUUCUCGUGGCAGCGAUGGAUUUUGGAACUACUUACAGCGGGUAUGCAUUCUCGUUCCGCGACAAGCCGAACAAUAUACAAACGAAUCCGAGCUGGGUAGCAGGUUCUGCACAACUUAUGUCAAUGAAAUGCCCAACAUCAGUACUGCUGAAACCUAACAAGGAGUUCCAUUCUUUCGGAUUUGAAGCUGAAAACAAGUAUGCUGAGUUGGCAGAAGAUAAGGAACAUCAGGAAUGGUACUUGUUUAGACGUUUCAAAAUGGCUCUAUAUGAAACAAAGAAAUUGCAAUUGGACACACCAGUCGAAGACAUAAUGGGCAAAAAGAUGCCGGCUUUGGACAUAAUCUCGCAUUCAAUUCGUUUUCUGAAGAAUCACCUCUGGAAAACUAUACAAACGAGAACAACAGGAGUUCUGGAGACCGACAUACUCUAUGUUCUAACUGUUCCAGCGAUUUGGGACGAACGGGCUAAACAGUUUAUGAGGAGAGCUGCAAAUAAGGCAGACAUAUCGAACAGGCAACUUACAUUUGCCCUUGAACCAGAGGCAGCAUCCAUUUGGUGUCAAGUAGUAACAGAUGAUACACUUACUGGUAUUUCAGAACCUCUGGCUAAAUAUAUGGUGGUAGAUUUAGGAGGUGGCACUGCUGACAUCACCGUGCACGAAAAGCUGGAUGACGGAAGCCUAAAGGAACUCCAAAAAGCAAGCGGGGGUGCCUGGGGUGGAAAUGAGGUUGAUAAAGCUUAUAUGAAAAUGUUUGCAGACAUAGUAGGUCCAGAAGCUAUGGAAACAUUCAGGAAUGAGAAUAUGACCGAUUAUUUUGAUCUUCUGAGGGAUUUUGAGACCAAAAAAAGAACGAUAACUACUGAUACGGAAGGAAAAAUGACAUUCAAAAUUCCGGCUGUUCUUCGUGAACUGGCUGAAUCUGGAGGAGAGAACAUUGAAGAAAAAAUUGAAAUGUCACCUUAUAAGAAAGCAGUGACCUGGGCUGGAGACAAACUGAGAAUCGACAAAACAGCAGCUAAAACAUUGUUCGAUAUUCCUUCGAAGAUGUUGAUAAGACAUAUCAAUAAGUUGUUUGCAGAGCCAAGUAUCCAAGACGUUGAGGCAAUUCUUCUUGUCGGUGGGUUUGGAGAAUGUGCGCUACUAAAAGCAGCAUUUGAGGAGAACUUUAGUAACAAACGAUUGAUGAUCCCAUCAGAAGCGGGUUUAGCUGUUUUAAAGGGUGCAGUACGCUUUGGUCAUCUCCCAGACCUUGUCUCGACAAGAAUCGCACGAUUUACAAUUGGAAAGAGAAUAAUGGAAGAAUUCAAAGAUCACCACGAUCCUAACAAGAAAAUUGUUCGUGACGGCGUUGAAAAGUGUUCAGAUGUGUUUCGAAAACUUAUUGAAAUUGACGAAGAAGUCCCCAGGUAUAAAUACAUACGAGAAAUUUCUCGACCAGCUUUUCCGAGUCAACAAAAUUGUGUUAUCGUGCUUGUAAGUUCAACAAAACAUGAUGUCAUGUAUACCACAGAAUCAGAAUGUCAAAUAUUAGGAAAGCUGAAAUUUAGUUUGCCAAAGUCUUCAGAUAUAGCCGACAAAAAAUACGCAAUUUCAUAUUUCUUUGGUGAAACGGAAAUACACAUACAUGUGCGAAUUUUGAAGACAAACGAGGAACAUGAAACGUGGAUAGACUGCUUUACUACUCGGCUGUUGGAAAAAGAUGACUGAGUAUAAAGAAUGCACGUGUGCUUCACUGUGAUUGAAACAGCUUCAUCAAGUGAUAACUAUAUGCUUAGCCACGAGCGAACAUGAAAAAUUUGAUGUUCGUUUGUGAAAGGAAGUUUAAUCAUUCUUAAAGACUUUAUCCAAACUGUACCUAUUUAAAAAGUUAUGUAACAUAUAAAGUCAUUACGUUACAAUAUUUAUGUUAAAACACGUAAACUAGUUAGCUUAAGUUUAUAAACGUUUGACAAAUGUUUUAAUAUAAUGUUACAUAUAUUGUAUGUUCUUGUUAGGGUUAGGCACUUUAUACAUUUUUAUCUUUAUUGAAGUUUGUCAAAUAGACGUUCGUGUUAAAAGUAAACUCAUUAAAAUAGUGGGUUUAUGUGGAUAAAAUGUAUCACCAUAUUUGAAUAAACCAAAGAAAAGUAUGAAAGA